AAACAACCAACCGAAAGCAAACGUGCACAUCGAACCAAAACAAACAUUACACGAAUGCGGACGGCGCAAAGAAAGUGUUCGACGUGUGAUAUUCACUAAUACGUGCUGAUAAGGUGCUCGUAUUUACUACGAAAAGAGUUAUCUACCUUCUGUUCACUGCUGCAGAGUGGAAUUGUAAAGAAAAAAAUGCUGUUCGAUUGGUAGUAAAAAUCUAAGAUCUCAAACUGAAACAUCACACGCACCGGGAACAAUCCGUAUCAUGGAGAGAAGUUCUGCACAAACGGUCACCCUGACCAACAGUAUUAUAGGAGUCGGUGUCCUUUCGAUGCCUUUCUGUUUUCAGAAGUGCGGCAUCAUAUUGUCUUUAGUUUUGUUACUUCUAAGUACCUACAUCACCCGACUAGUUUGUAGUUACAUGAUUAAGUCAGCGAUAAUUUCAAGGCGCAAAAAUUUCGAACAAAUAGCUUUCUAUGCCUUUGGAUCGUUCGGCAAAUUGCUGGUGGAAUUAUGUGUGGUCUGCUAUUUGCUGGGAACCUGCGUAGCUUAUUUCGUUGUGGUUGGUGACUUGGGCCCACAGAUAACGGCAAAGAUACUGUCGAUAAACGAAAGCAGCACUCUGCGGCUGUGGGUGAUGAUCGUGUUGAGCUUGGUUUGCAUCGUACCACUGGGGCUGCUACGGAACGUGGACAGUCUGGCUUCGGUAUGUACGGCUUCACUAGGAUUUUACCUUUGCUUGGUGCUCAAGGUAGUGGCUGAAUCGGGGGAACAAAUCAGCAAGCCCGGUUGGUUUGAUGGUUUAGUUCUGUGGGACACGAGCGGUAUACUGCAAUGUUUACCCAUUUUCAGCAUGGCGCUUUCGUGUCAGAUGCAACUUUUCGAGGUGUACGCCACUAUGCCAACAACUUCGCUGGAUAAAAUGAGCCGCGUGAUUCAGCGAUCAACAAAUUUUUGCACCUGUAUCUAUGCUUUGAUUGGAUUUUUCGGUUACGUUGCCUAUAGUGACCGACGCUUUUCGGGUAAUAUUCUCGUUAAUUUUUCCCCUUCAUUUGUGUCCGAUAUCAUCAAGAUUGGAUUUGUAUUGUCGGUGGCUUUCAGUUUUCCACUGGCUAUCUUUCCCUGUCGGGUUAGUCUGUACUCACUUUUGUACAAACGAUCCUACUCGGACACCCAUUACUACAUUCCCGAAUCGAAAUUUAGACCACUAACGUUGGCAAUCAUCACGGUGGCGCUUUGUCUUGGAUGUAUUGUCCCAUCGAUUGAAGUAGUAAUUGGCUUAGUUGGAUCCACCAUUGGGGUGGCAAUCUGUAUCAUCAUUCCGGCGGCCUGCUACAUGCACAUUUGCAAAACGAACAUCGCCGAGAAACAGCUGGCCCAGGUGAUGAUUGCUCUCGGUCUUUUGAUAAUGAUUCUUGGUACCUACGCCAAUUUGGUUGCUAUAAAUUACGUUCCGGAAAAGAGCUAUGAUAUCGCAGAGAAAAAAGUUACUUCACCGCAGGCACUAGUUGUCGGAAAAGUGGAAGAAAAUUUAGCCAAGCCGCCAGAUAUUUUGAAACAGAUAAAACCACUGCCCGUCGAUCCGAAAUCGAAACAGAUGCCAAUCGCAACCGACAAGUCUUCGCUGCAUGUUGAUGAGCAUUCGACUGCAAAAGUUGCCGAGGUGCCAAAAAGUGCUGAUUCUAAGGACGAUGUGCUCGUGAUAUCUCCUGAGCCUCAGAAUCAGGAAUCUAAAGAUGAAAUUAUUGGUCGGGAUGCGAUUUUAAAAGAGGAAAAGGAAAUUGCAGUCGAAGAAAAGGAAAAAAUUCAACAAGAGAUCAGUGAGCUCAAAAGUGCCAAGAAGGAGUUGGAAGCACAGGUACAAGUCAUUAAGGAACAGCUGGUGAAAACGAACGAAGAGACGCAGCAGCUUGUGCUAAAAAAAUUCGACGAAAUUGUAGAGAAAAUUGAUCAGAAAGCAUCCAAAGAAAAAGAACCCGCCCAGAUCGUGACUGUCCGAUCAGAGGUCGAGGCUCCUGCACCGAAAAAAUCGGAAAUUGAUAACAAUAAAGAUCCCAUAGUUCGAUUGCUGACUGAACAGGGCAAAUUACAUAGCCAGAAAAACGAAAGUGUUAUUGAACCGAUCGAAAAGGCUAAAUCGGAACCGAAAAAUGACUCUUCCUCACCAGUUGAAACCAAACUUAUAUCCGAUUCGAAAAUCGAUCUUAAAAACGACAAUCAUUCAGAGGUACCAAAAACGGACCCCUCGGUCAAAUCGGACGAAAAAGCCGAACCACUACCCCCUUUACCGGUGGAACAAAAGCCGGACCCGGCGGAUCCUGUCGAACAAUCGGUGGCUAAACAGAUGGAAAGCAACAAGCAAGACGAUGAUGCUGGUGCCAAACGGGAUCUGCUGGCGAUACGCAGUAAAAGAAAUAUUUUAAAACAGGACUCCGGUGGUGACGAGAAUUGUAUAAAGACUGACGCACAAACGGUUCCGAGUGCCGGCGAGAAAGAGUCUCCAGAGCGACCGGUUCAGAAAGCGGAAAACGUAAUCAACGAUCUUAUCAGAAACAAAAAGUUUGUGAAUAUGAUUCGUAAUGACGUAUUGAUGGACGAACGAAAGUUAUUGAGAAAAUAAAUUUAUUUAUUUAUUA